AGGGGCGGGGGCGGGCGGGGGCGGGCAGCGGAGCCGCCGCGUCUGCGGGAGCCGCCGCCGCCGCCGCCGCCCCGCCGGGCAGCGCCGGGGGAGCGCAGCGGGGAGCGCCCCGGGGGAGCGCGGCGGGAGCAGCCGGCACCGGCGAACGCGGCGGCAGCGGGCGGGAGGAGCGCGGCCGCGGGCCCCGGCGGCAGCCGGUGAUACCGGCGAGAGCCGCGCCCCGGGCCCCGGCAGCGGCCGCCCCGCCCGGCCCCGGGGGCGCCGGGUCCGGCCCGGCCCGGCCCGGCCAUGCUCGGCCUGGACGUGUGCGAGGCCGGCGGGCAGCUGCUGGAGCUGCUCUGGCUGGCGCUGUGCUACCGAGACAUCAUGGCUGACAAGGAGGGGGUGACGCUGUCACUGGAGGAGGAGGAGGAUGCCGACGUGGCCCUGGCGUACAAGACGCCGGAGAAGAAGAGCCUGCGGGAGAUCCAGGAGCUGGACCCGGGGGACGAGAGCCUGCGGAAGUACAAGCAGGCGCUGCUGGGUGCCAUCCCUGCCGCCGUGGAUGCCAGCGUGCCCAACGUGCAGGUGACGAGGCUCACCCUGAUGUGCGAGCAGGCGCCGGGGCCCAUCACCAUGGACCUGACAGGAGACCUGGAGGUGCUGCGGGGCCGGGCCUUUGUGCUGAAGGAGGGGGUGGAUUACAGGGUCAAGGUGUCCUUCAAGGUGAACAGGGAGAUCGUCUGUGGGCUGCGGUGCCUGCACCUCACCUACCGCCGGGGCCGGCCCGUGGACCGCGACGUCUUCAUGGUGGGCAGCUACGCACCGCGGGCCGAGGAGUACGAGGUGGUGACGCCGGCGGAGGAGGCUCCGCGGGGCUGGCUGGCACGGGGCUCCUACCACGUCCGCUCCCUCGUCACCGACGAUGACAAGAUGGAGCAUCUCUCCUGGGAGUGGGGCCUCUGCAUAAAGAAGGCCUGGGAGGACUGACCCCCCCAUCCACACCCCGGCUCCCCCCCACCUGCCAGCUUGGGGACGUGGUGCCUGCCAUCCCGGGGGACCCCUCGCUGGCACCACCGCGCUUGCCCCGGUCGUGUGAAGGGUUGGGGGGAGGGGGGGUCCCUUAGCGAGCGGGCACCUGCAGUCGUGGUCUUCGCAACCAAAGUUAUUUUUAAUUGCUGUUUUUUUUUAAAUACUGACGCCCGCCCGGUCCUCAUGGCAUCCCCAUUGCUGGGGCCGGGGCCAUGACCCUGCCGUGGCGGCACCGUGCCCAGCUACCCGCCCAGUUGCAGGCUGUGCUCUUCCAUCGCCAUUAAACCCUACAGACUGGUCUCUUA